CAGUGCUCAUAUUUAAUAGUGUUUUUCUACAUCGUUCAACAUUUUUUAAAUUUCGUGUCGUUAAUGCGAUUUAUUUUAAGUGCUUAAGUGAUUUGAAAUCCGAGCGAAAUUAGUGUAAUUAAAGACACAAUUGUGAAAAGUGAUCGCGUUAUCAAAUGCGUUAACCGAGUUGCAAAAAACGACAAAUCCUCCUUUUUCUCAUGCACAGUUUAAACGUUGCCAAAUUGGUCACUGCCUUUUCAAUGGAGGUUGCUUGGGCAAUUUUCUGCAUUGGAUGUCUUUUCGAUACUGUUUCGACAUCUGAACCAAAUCAGUCGUUACGGAAAUUGAAGGCGAUCGAGGAAAAGCUGAGUGAUGGCAGUCAGUUGAUUUACGAGACGAGGAGCGCUAUAUCAUCAGAUACAGUCAGUAAGCACCAAGUUAUGGCCUCGGUUGAGGCGAGAUCUCAAUCUAAAUAUUUUGAUUCCUUCGGUAAUUCGUCAGAAUUCAACAAGAUGUUCCAUGUCAGUGCAGACAAAAAUCGUCCAAGAGGCGCUUGUUUCAAGGCUGUCGACUGGCGAGCGGAAAGUUUUAUGGCGUGUCCGGUAGAAUAUUUCUCAAUUUUUGGCUUUCAACAGCAUUUACAUAUACUUCAUAGACAUUCAAAUAGAAGUAAUUUUACUCUCAUCCAAAUCAUUCAUGAGAUGCAGGAAAGCAAGAUUCAGGAUGCUGAUUUUGUCGUACAUUCAAACCAGCUUUUCCUUCUAGUUGCGUAUUUCUCAGAUGCAUCCCGUCUGACAAUUUACAGGUGGACCCAUCCGCACUUUUACAAGGAAGCAGAGGAAGCUGUUACGUCUCCUAAACAAUUAUUAUCAAUUGAUAAUGCAGGUCAUGUGACAAUAGUCUUGAUUCAAGGUGCUCAGCGUUUCAGAACGCACGAAUGCCACAUUUUCAAAAUGAUACCAAUCUCUCCAAUGCAGACAUUGAUAAUUCGGGACCAGGUCAUCAGAGCCCCAUUUGAACCGUGCGUCGGACUCUUCGCUCUAAAUGAUGAGCUACUGCUGUUAAUUACUGACAAGACACUUGGUUCUCGUCUUUACUUGAGGAAAUCUAGCAAAUUUACGUUCUGGACGAGAAUAGAGAAGAUAAAACAGUGCAAGACUACUUUUGUUGGAAUCAGCGCGCAGAAGCAAAUAUUAAUCAUCCAUAAUUCAAAGAUGCAACUUUUUAUCUUUGAGGUCUCGCCAGAGUUUACUCAAUCUCGAACACUUCUGUUUCUCCCAGGAAUUUCUAGCAUUAAUGAUGUUCAAGCUGAGGACUAUUACCUUAAAGUAGUUUUACUUGGCGAUGAUGGCAAACUUAAACGUCGGAUCAUCAACCUAUCUCGCAAGCGAUUGGUAUUGCGAAACGGUUUCAUCAAACACUUGCGUAUCGUAUAUCCCGAGCAAUCUGUUUCCCACAUGGGCCGGAUGAACACAACCCUCAUGAAAGCAUUGAAAUUGAUACGGUACCUGGACAAAGUUGAGUUGCCCCCAAUAACUCAGUUAAGGUUGUGGGGAAACUUGAAUGUUUUGUUCGGGGAAGUGAACUCAGUAGCUAUUCCUCAACUAAGUCCAGCCGUGUUGCUCACUUACAAAGACCGGCAGUUCAUCCAUGCCCCUCUCAACUUCACUACUGUUAUCGUCAACUGGCUUUUAGCAGACUCGGUCAAUAAUAUCUCGACGGAUGAUUUGGUUUUGAGGACGAACACUUUUUUCCCCACGCCAGCAGUAAUGAGUCAAGUUGAAUGCGGUAAACUAAAGUUCCGUUCCGCUCCUAUUGUCAACGAUAUCAACUUAAAUGAAGUGGUCACUCUCGGGUCCAAGCCACGAAUUAUUACCGGUUUGAAAACUUGCAAAAAUCUUGCCGCAGAGAAGUUGAAAGUUUUUUCUGUUGAAAAGCUGGAGCUCGAGAGAAAUUGUUGCGUUGAAGAAGAACACCCUGACUGAAUUUAGCACAGCGGCGAUUACCUAUAGCUGCUGGAUGCGAUCGCUUUGAGGAUUCAUCUUCAAACCCAUAACUCAUCUCAUGCUUUAUUAAAAUGUUUCAUUUAAAAAAAAAAAAAAAAAAAAAAAAGUUUAAUCAAGCAUUAUUUAAUAUCGUUUAAUUUUCAUAAACUUGAAUAAUACAUAUUUCUUUUCUGCAAGACGAAUUGUGAGCACCUGCGGUAUUUACCGUAGGUGCCGUUAAAGGUCCUAUGAACGGUCUAUGAUGUGAAGAGCAUGAACUUUGAUUGUACCUAGUCCUUCAAAUGAUCAAAUGAGGAAAUAAAUAUGGAGAUAAUAAAGAAAAUAAA